GCCCGGCGCCAUGGGGAGCAGCAAGAGCAAGCCCAAGGACGGCAGCCAGCGGCGGCGCAGCCUGGAGCCCGCCGAGAACCCCCACCACGGAGCCUUCCCGGCCUCGCAGACGCCCAACAAGACGGCGGCGCCCGACGCCCACCGCACGCCCAGCCGCUCCUUCGGCCCCAUGGGUGCCGAGUCCACGCUCUUCGGGGGCUUCAACACCUCGGACACCAUCACGUCGCCGCAGCGCUCUGGGGCUCUGGCAGGCGGAGUCACCACCUUUGUGGCCCUCUACGAUUACGAAUCGCGGACAGAAACGGACUUGUCCUUCAAGAAAGGAGAACGUCUCCAAAUUGUCAACAACACGGAAGGCGACUGGUGGCUGGCGCACUCCCUCACCACGGGACAGACAGGAUACAUCCCCAGCAACUACGUYGCGCCCUCCGACUCCAUCCAGGCUGAAGAGUGGUACUUCGGCAAGAUCACGCGGCGCGAGUCCGAGCGGCUGCUGCUCAACCCCGAGAACCCGCGCGGCACCUUCCUGGUGCGCGAGAGCGAGACCACGAAAGGCGCCUACUGCCUCUCCGUGUCCGACUUCGACAACGCCAAGGGGCUCAACGUGAAGCACUACAAGAUCCGCAAGCUGGACAGCGGCGGCUUCUACAUCACCUCGCGCACCCAGUUCAACAGCCUGCAGCAGCUCGUCGCCUAUUACUCCAAGCACGCCGACGGGCUGUGCCACCGCCUCACCACCGUCUGCCCCACCUCCAAGCCCCAGACGCAGGGCCUGGCCAAGGACGCCUGGGAGAUCCCCCGGGAGUCGCUGCGGCUCGAGGUGAAGCUGGGGCAAGGCUGCUUCGGAGAGGUGUGGAUGGGGACCUGGAACGGCACCACCAGAGUGGCCAUCAAGACCCUGAAACCCGGCACCAUGUCUCCGGAGGCGUUCCUGCAGGAGGCCCAGGUCAUGAAGAAGCUCCGCCAUGAGAAGCUGGUUCAGCUCUAUGCCGUGGUUUCGGAGGAGCCUAUCUACAUCGUCACCGAGUACAUGAGCAAAGGGAGCCUCCUAGACUUCCUGAAGGGAGAGAUGGGCAAGUACCUGCGGCUGCCCCAGCUCGUGGACAUGGCGGCUCAGAUCGCGUCUGGCAUGGCCUACGUGGAGAGGAUGAACUACGUGCACCGCGACCUCCGCGCRGCCAACAUCCUGGUGGGCGAGAACCUGGUGUGCAAAGUGGCCGACUUCGGCUUGGCGCGGCUCAUCGAGGACAACGAGUACACGGCGCGGCAAGGUGCCAAGUUCCCCAUCAAGUGGACGGCCCCCGAGGCGGCUCUCUAUGGCAGGUUCACCAUCAAGUCGGAUGUUUGGUCCUUUGGCAUCCUCCUGACCGAGCUGACCACCAAGGGCCGAGUGCCGUACCCAGGGAUGGUCAACCGGGAAGUGCUGGACCAGGUGGAGCGGGGCUACCGGAUGCCGUGCCCGCCCGAGUGCCCCGAGUCACUGCACGACCUCAUGUGCCAGUGCUGGAGGAAGGACCCAGAGGAGCGGCCCACUUUCGAGUACCUGCAGGCCUUCCUGGAGGACUACUUCACUUCCACAGAGCCCCAGUACCAGCCGGGUGAAAACCUAUAGGCCUGGAGCUGCUCGCGGCCCUGGAGAGGCGCGGGCGCAGUGGCGCGUGCGCGGGGCUCCUGGAGCCCUUCCCUCCUCGCGCGCCCGGCGGGUUUUGAGGAGCAGCCCCCGGGAUGCAGGACAGGGCGAUGUCUCCRGGCGCGGACAGUGGCGGUGCUGGAUUCUCCUGCGGCUGAUUGAGGCUCCUGGGGCCUGUUGAACAAAGCUCUGCUGGCGAGAGGAGCGGGAAGGUGCCGGGCGGGCUGGAGCCGGACGGCGAGCGGAGAAGCGGAGGCUUUGGAGACGUUUGCGAGCGUUUCCCCUCYGGUGGCUCCACAGGUGGGACUUGGGUGCUGCAGGACACCAGCUCCCAUCCCGGACACGCGCUCCUUGCGUCCUGCACCCCUCUGUGCAGCAGCACAAACCUCCCUGUCCCCUCACAUGCCCCUCUCCGUGCCAGCCCUCCCCGAGGACCCAUGGAGACGUUUGGCGUUGUGGAAGGUGCYGUCGUUGCCACCUCAUGGUCAUGGCUCCAUGACUGAGUGCCAUCAUGACUGGGAUACCCUUCCAGAGGGUGGACGUUACAUCUGGGUGCCUCCAGGCCUGGUGAUGGCAGCUUUUCCACACUUGCCGCAGACGUGGGGCGCCAGCCGGGACGCCGGCAUCCUGCGGCGCUCUGGGCUCUCUGGCCACCCCCGGGCAGGACGUGGCGGCCGAGCUGCGUUAACGCCYGUGCUGGGAGGUUCCUAUCACUGUGUCACUGCUUAAAGGUCACUGCUUGCAGCUGUGGGGACUCCAGCUGUGUCUUGGGGCUGCUGGCAGGCAGGGUCGAGUCUUCCAGCUGUGUCUGUCCCCAGCUACGGGGACCUGUGUCACCAAGGCUGCUCCUUGUGGGACCAGCACCUUGGGAGUUGCUACCAGAGCCCCUUGCCUUGCCCUGCUGCCCGAGCCCACUGCUUUGGGUGGGUUUUUCUUCCACAAAACGCUCCUGGUCUUCCAGCUGCUGCCCCGCGAGCCACGAGGGCGCCAGGCCGAGCUGCUCCCCAUCCUGCUCUUUGCUGCGAGGCUGUUCCCUGCUGGCGACGCGGGGCUGCGGAGCCGCUCCGGCCUGUCCCAGCGGCUGCAGCCGCGAGGUGGUACCGGCCCGUGUGGUGGAGAGCCCUGUCCCGCGU